AUGACAACGUCUGUAAACUCACCUUCUCAAGUCCCCGUAAACUGUCGAGCUCCCAAUCAUCCUAUCUUGAGGUCGGCGUUCAAAAUCUUGCGCAUUGUUGCAGUCUCCCAGAAGUCUCUCGACCAUUGGAAAGAUACAAGGAACCGAGAAUGGAAGGAGCAUGUCAAAAUGAUGGUUAAUCGCUUCCAGAACUCAAACGUCACUGCCGGGCUCGUACUCGCAACGUUAACUACUACUCUGUUCCUGUCGUCUCAGCCCCCUAUUGAACAUUUGAUGGCUUAUAACACUCCAAUCUCGUACAUCUUCGCCAUGGUUGCAUUUGCACCACCCACAAAGACAUGGAAAGCCUCAAAAUACACCGGUCAUGCUGAUUUUGGUAUGGAAGUGGGGAGUGCAAGUUGCGUCGUCGAUGGAGCUGUCGUCCUCAUUGAUUCAGUGGAAGGAGUCGAAGCACAAACCAAGAGCGUUUGGCGACAACUGGAUCGAUAUGGCGUCCCCACCAGGCUUAGGUUUCUAAAUAAACUAGACCGACCGGGUGCUUCUUUCAGGUCGUCGUUGGUCUCUCUACUCACCCAUAGGCUGCGCCCGAACCCCAUGGUUUUAGCGUUGCCGAUUGCUUCCUUCCAUACUGAGGAUUACAUGCGAGCCGAGCCAGGAAUUCAAGCGCUGGUCGAUCUAGUCAAACGGGAACUUUGGAAAUGGGAAGAAGACGGUAACUCGGCUAUACUACCCCUUCCAGACAAGCGGUAUCAUUCCGGAGAACCAUCCAAUAAUGCCGCACCUUGUGGCCGCUCGGACAACUCUUUUGGAAAACCUCUCGAUGUACUCCGAUGAAUCGAUGGGAGCACCUACUUGCACGGCCGCCAGGACCUUCAUCAUAUCUUGAUGUCAAGACGUC